AUGGGAUCUAAAGACGAUCAGAAAGUAGCCAUUGUUACAGGUGCAGCUGCUGGUAUGGGCGUUUCGCUUGCUACGCAUUUUGUCGAGAAGGGGUGGUUAGUUGCGUUGCUUGACGUAAAUGAUGAAGGUGGACAAGAUAUUGCACAAAGUCUUGGACCCAAUGCUGCAUAUUUUCACGCAGAUGUAUCUUCGUACGACUCACAAGCAAACGCAUUCCUAGAGGUCUACAAGAAAUGGGGACGUAUCGACGCUCUGCUGGCCAAUGCUGGUGUGGUAGACCGGUCAUCUGUGUACAUUCUCUCGCACAAGAAUGCCAGCGUCGAAGACGUCCCGGCCGCUCCUGAUUUGACCUGUACCGACAUUGACUACAAGGGGUUUGUUUACGGGACUCAGCUCGCCAUACACUUUAUGCGUCACAACAGUCCUCCGGGAGGCAAGAUUAUUGGCACGGCGAGUGUGGCAGCGCUUAAACCACACCCUACAUAUCCAGAGUACAAUGGGGCCAAAGCAGGUCUGCUCAAUUUCAUGCGCGGUGUGUCUGACGUGCUGAAGAUCAAGGAAAAUAUCAAGAUGAACGUCGUGUGCCCCGGCCUUGUGGCGACGAACAUUAUCCCGCCAGAAGUGGUCGAGGCCUUUGAGAAGCGCUACCUGACUCCCGUCGACACCAUUGUCCGUGCUUACAGCGAGUUCUUACAAGACGGCGAUGACAGGUACGGCGUCGCCGUCGAGGCCUCGGCGGACAAGAUUGUCGAGGUAGAAAAGACGCCGUUGGGUAAUGGGGAGGCUAGUAACAGGGCUGUCACGGUCUGGGAACCUCUUUUCAAGCAAAUGCAUCAUGAGAACAGCGAUCUUGACGGCACUAUACACUAG